AUGACAAGAGGUCUUAAGCGGGAUGCCGACUUUCCUCAUUCAGCUUCAACACCCGUUGAUCAUUCUCACUUUGUACCCGGAACCAUACUCCCUUUCUCACAUCUAGAAGGAAAGAUAUUGAUUUUCUGGGGUGAUUUACAAGCCAAUUUACCAAGAUUAGCAUUCUCAGUCACCAAGACAUAUGAUAUACCCAUAGGAUAUCGACCGAUUGAUUACAUCUUACCUACUGAAAAUGCCAAAAAGGAGAAAUACGAAAUCAAGUUGAUUCUACAUCACUCACACUAUAAUGAGAAUUUCAAAGACGAGAAACUGAAAGAUCAGAUUAGAGAUAAUUUAUUGGAAGAUAAAGCAUGGUUGAAAACUGUAUCAAAGUCCGUCAUGAUAGAUACUUCGCAAAUGAAAGUCCUGAAGAAGGAAUACAGACAGGACGUUGGAGAUUAUAUGGUAGAACUUCAAGGUGUGGGUGAGAGAAUCGUGCGUUAUGAUAGUGGGAGUACCAAAAGGAUCUUAUCUGAUACAAUCAAACCAUCUCAAGCUCCAGAUUGGUUUACGAGCUCAGCACCUACCGUUUCAUCACCUGUACAACCUACUUCCCAAUUACUUUUGACAGCUCCAAUGAAGAAUGGAGAAUCUUCCAGAUUGAAACCUCUGACUUCACAUCAACCUCCUGAUCUUACAAGAAUACCAUCGAAAUCAUCAUCUACCAGUUCUCAUACAUCCAACCCCUCUCGUCCCGCCAAACGAUCUUCCGAUAUCCUCGAAAAUGAUAUUAGUAAGAAGACGAAAGAGAAGGACAACACAUCGGAUCAAUCAGAUGGAUCAGCGAAAGGGAAAGGAAAAGAACAAAGAACAGUAGUACAACUUGGACCACCAGGAUAUCAAUCCUUCAUCGGUCAUAGAGAUGCCUUACCUACUAAAUUACAGGACCACGACAUGGAAAGACAGAUUGAGGUACCCGGAAGCUCAACGGAGACAUGUUUUGAUGAGCAGACUGAUCCUCAGCUCUUCCGGUCAGAAAAUAUUGAGAAAAGCAUACCUCCUGUCAGAGAGAGUACUAUCCAACAGUCACACCCGCUUCCUGAAGCAGAACUAUCUGAUCCAUUGCAAGAGGCGGAAUCAUUUCGCUCACGAUCAUAUGAUCCACUUCGUCCAGACCAAGCAGCAAGUAGCCCCUCCGUACCUUCUCGAGGACAAUCAAUACCUUAUACUUCUCAAAGCAGUCCAUCUGUAUUCACGCCCAAAGUACAGCGAGACAGAAUAGCAUCUGCCAGGAGACAGGCAGAGGAAAAUAGGAGAAAUCAGGUGCAAGCUGCUCAAGCGGCAAGUGAAAAGGUCGCCGACGAAAGGACAGCGGAUAUAUCGAGGUUGGAAAAGCCAUUUCAUACGAGAAAUGUCGAAUAUACCCCACUCAGAUACCUGCAAUCCGGUCAAUACGCAAAUGUCAUUGGAGCGGUAGUGAAGGUAACACCUGUCUCAAAACCUAAGGAUUACUUGAUGAAUGUGAUCAUAUGCGAUCCGACUCGUCAUUCUGGCGGACCUGCAAAUUCUAACGAAGAAUUCGUGAUUUCCAUAUUUCGAUCACAAAAGUCUGACUUACCGUCAAAUGCAUCUGUCGGCUGUGUUUUUCUUUUUAGACACUUGAAAAUCUCAACAUAUAAUGAGAAGACAAAAGGUCAGUCGUUCUCUGGUAUCAAUAACAACUGGGCAAUCAUGCUGCGGGGAAAGGAGAUCAAGACCUCCAGUGAAGAAUUGUCACCGCCUUUGAUAGAUCAGGAGGUGGACAGAAUGAAGGACUUGUGGAGAUGGUGGAAAGGCAUAGGAGGUGAAGAUGAACCCCAAGGUUUCGACACUCCAUCGCCUAGACGCUCUUCCACAGGUCUUGGUAUAUCUAAAGAAGGAAUCGCUCUGAGUCAAAUACUUCCAGGUAUGUUCAUACAUGCUACGUUCAAGAUCAUGCAAGUCAUCCGCAAUACACAUAGGAAACCAGAUCUAGAAAUGUACAUCACCGAUGGUACAACUACAACUUUACACCCAAAAAACUUUCACGGAGUGCGAAUUCCCGGUUUGCCCGCUGAAGCGUUAUUCUGCAUUGCGAUACACGACCUUCCUCAGGUGGACGAAUUGCAGCACUUUGAAACAGGCAAGUUUUUGAGACUGGAAAACGUUCGAGGUAAAGUAUAUCAAGGGGAAUUCGAAUUGAUAUGGUCAGAAUUACCUACAUCUGAUCAAGCUCAGCGUGGCUGGAGACGAAGGAAAUGUACGCCCAUUGAUAAAGAGGACGAAACGGCUAGAAUGAUUGAAAAACGACUAGUAGCACUCAAAGUAGGCGAAAGCGUCGAUGAGCCGGUUCAACUUCCACAUCAUCCAAUACCUUUGCCUUCGCCGACACAACUCCAGCCGAUAACCUACCCGCUAUCUGAGCGCGACCGACCGAACCAACCUCUGCGCCUUGCCACUCACAUCACAACGACUCAUACCGAUCCUACUAAUCACCCCAUUUCCACAAUAGCGGAGAUCCUUGCCAACACAAGUUUACCAAACAAGUACCGGAUGACUGCUCGAAUUAAAUCACUUCAUCCUCGUUCGAUACCCGAGAACAGUACAUUCGUCCAACCAUACUGCAAGCACUGUCAUCGAGCUUUCAAGGGAACUUGGUGUCAAAGUUGUGGAGACACCGAAGGAACGAACGCAGAAUGGAGAUAUAGGUUCAUUGCUAUUUUGGAAGAUCAGGAUGGAGGGGAAAUGGCGUGUGUAGUAGCUGAUGACGACGCUGCAUUCCUACCUGGUCUUCCUCCUUGGUCCAACUCUAACAAUCCGAACGAUGCGCGUAAAUCCCAAUCGAGGUGUAAUCAAAUCACAGGUGAAGUAUGUAAUAUCCUGCAAGGAGCAAGAAUGGAUGGAGUGAGAACGACACCUUUCAUCGACAUGAGCUUGGAAGUUUACGAAGUUGACAAAGCAUCAGUGACUCGACAAAAAGAAGGAACGGUUGUGGUUGCCAGGAUGUUUGGGAUGACUGCACCGUCCCAAUGA